AUGGAAAAGGAUUUAAUUGAAAGUUUACCGCAAUGGGUUGAAGAAUAUGAUUCUAAACCAGCAGAAAUCGAAACUAUGCAAGAUUUUUUCAUGUAUACAUACAAGAAAUAUCGUACUCAAAAUCAAUUAGGCAUAAUUGUUGAUGAAAAAAUUGUUUAUAAGACAAGAGAAGAAAUUCAUCAAUUAGCGCUUCGAGUUGGCUCAUUUUUGCUCAGUAAAGGCAUAGUUCCAGGCGACAGAGUUGGCGUUUAUACAGAGAAUCGUUUAGAGUCCGGAAUUUUCUUAGAAGCAUGUCAUUUAUUCGGCUUUGUUGCUGUUUUCGCCUUUGAUUCAGGAAUUGCGACAUAUCCAAGAUAUACAUUGGUUGAUGCAGGCGUUUCAUGCAUUUACGUUUCACCAACCAAAUGGGAAAGAGUUGAUGUUCUUUUCCCACCAAAAUCAGACUUCUGUCCAGAAUUAAAGUUCAUAAUUGUAAAUGAAAUAGGAGAUAGAAUGCCAUACGAGUAUUACUUAUUCGACGAUGUUAUUAAAUACGAUCAAAUUGCCCCCUUACCUAAAGUACAGAGUUCUGAUCCUUGUACAAUUGUUUAUUCGUCAGGUACUGUUGGAGCUCCAAAGGGCGUUGUUCUUUCCAAUUAUGCUAUGAUUACUGGUAUUUUCUACAUUAAAGUCAGCGUUCCUGUCAAAUUUGGAGAUGUCCAUCUUUCAUUUCUUCCGAUGGCUCACAUUCUUGAGAGGAUUGGCUUCCUUAUCUUCAAUUAUCGAGGUGCGCAAAUCGUUUAUGCUCGCCAAGGCAUUGCAACAGCAAAAGAUGAUAUGAAAAUCUGUAAAAUUACAGGAGGACCAAUAAUUCCUGCCUUCCUUGUUAAAGUACACUCUGCUAUCAUGGAAAAGACCGAAAAAGUUAAGCCACUUAUGAACUUUUGCCUUAAAUUAUCUUCAUUUACAAGAUAUUUCGGUUUCAGGUCCAGAAUUUCAGAUUCUUUACUCUUUAACAAGAUAAAGAACGAUGUGUUCGGCGGCCGCCUCGAUUGGUUUGCUGUUGCCGGUGAUGUUUUCGAUGCAAAAGUUCAUGAUGACCUUUCAAACAUUUUCGGAGCGGAAUUUGUUGCAAUUUAUGGAACAAGUGAAGCAGCCGGACCAUUAUUUGUAUGUCCAUCGAACGAAUACACACCAGGAACAGUUGGCCGUCCAAUGCCACAUCUUCAAUGCAAAUUCGGCACAAAACAAGAGCUCCUGAUCAAAACUCCAGCACUUUUCACAUCUUAUUGGCGAAAUCCAGAGAUCACGAAAGAUGCAUUUGAAGAUGACUGGUACAAGACAGGCGACAGAGCUGAGAUAGAGCCAGGAACACAUCAUUUGAUCAUUCCAGGAAGAGCAUAUGAUAACUACGAGUACCAGCCAGGCAUGGAUCUCGCAAUUCCUUUCUUGAGAUUCACUUACAGAAAAUACUCAUUCAUUGAUGACAUUUUCAUCAGUCCACAGAAUGAUAUUCACGCUUUAGUUGCCAUUGUUGUUGUUCCAAGGAAUAUUGGAGAAUACUACUUCUCACAAGUCUUCAAAGAUCAGACAUUCGAUGACGAGAAAUUCAAGGAGCUUCUGAAGAAUAAGGAUUUCAUAAACUAUAUCCAUUACAAUGCAAACAAAUACGGUAAAGAAUACGACCGACUUAAAGAUGGUUCUGAAUUAGCCGCUGUAAGAUUGACUGAUGAACCAUUUACAGUCGAAAAUGAAGGUGUUACAAUCACUGGAAAGAUGAGAGUCAACGCUUUGAAGAAGAAAUUCGCAAAGGAAAUAGAGGAAAUGAGAGAAGAAGUAAUUAACAAACAAAAGCAACAACAACAAUAA